AUGCCCAGGUGUGCGACGCUAUUUCGAAAGCUGCACUCGCAUCUGUUGCGUCGUUACGGCACUGCGGCCGCCCACGUGCAGAGCCACCUGGUGACGCGCCGCCAGCUGGAGAAGAGCCAGCGCACCGUCACAGGCCUGCAGCGCGAGCGUCAGAAGCUGCUGCUGGCUGCUGCCGCCCGCACGCCGGAGAAGACUCCUGGCGGGUCCCGCCGCUCCAGCCCGGCCCGGGAGCGGGCGCGCCGCGUGGACGACACCCUGCUGACCGAGCUGCAGAUGGCCAUCGCCGCCGUUGAGGAGGAGAACGUGCAGCUCAAGAGCCAGCUGGAACAGCUGACGGUGCACCGGGACGAGGAGGUGGCGCGGCGGGACGCCGAGAUCACCGCGCUCAGGAACGAGCUGCGCGCAAAGCUGGCGGACUGCCGACCGGCGCAGGAACACCCUGAGGAGCACCAGCAGAUGAUGUCGGCCCGCAGCGACUCCCUGCUGCUGGAGGUUCGCUCCCAGAUGGAGGCGCAGGAGGGCGUCAUUAACCACCUGCGCGAGACCAUCAGGAGGUUCCAGGAGCAGACGCGGCUGAUCGCUGAGGUGGAGGGCGAGAACCAGACACUGCGAGAGACGGUCGAGUCGCUCCACUGGCAGCUGGCUAAACAGAAACACCGGCAGAACCCGGAUAACACCCAGAUACGCUGCAUCGAAUCUAAGCUGGACGAGAUCGACCGGCAGUAUCGGCGGCGCGCUUCCCACCUGCAGGCCAUCUUGCAGCAGCUGGAGCAGUGCAGCCUCUCGUCCCGCUCCAUAGAUGACACUAGUUGGACCUAGCGUCGCAGGCGCCCGCCAGCGGCGGGCGGCGCACCGCCGCGCGCUGCAGGAAGCUGCCGCACGUCAGCGCGGAAUGUCGACUGACGGGUCCGAGCUGUCGCCCGCCGUAGUGUGUCGACAGGGAUGUCACCAUUGUGCCGCGUCAUGGUGGCUGGCGAACGACUACGCUUCCCACGACUCGGCACUGUCGGCCGACCGCCACCGCGCCGUCCCGUACAAAAUCGCCCGCCGCUCGGCAGAGAUGUGUUGAUUAUGAUGCUCCAGCCGUCGGCCGGGCUUGAUGAUUGCUGUUAAAUAUACG